CUUUAGUCUCCGAUCAUUCAAUCUUUAAUUAAUAUUGAGAUAAAAAAAAAAGAAAAAAAAAACCAAACCGAUUAAAAAAUAAUCAAAAACAACUCAAGCAAAUCUCGAAACUUAAUCAGAACUUUUAUUCUUUUCGCUCUCAAUAAUCAUGGGACACGGUGACCACAAAGGUCGACCUAGUAAGAAGCACAAAUCUUCUGCCAAGGAAGAGCAGAAGAACCCGUUUUUCGAAGACGAAGAUGCGUAUUUCGGCGACGAAAUCGACGACGAUUUCCGCUAUGGUGAGGGGAAAAAGAGGGAUUUUAGCAAACUAGAAUUGAAACCUGAUCAUGCCAAUCGGCCUUUGUGGGCCUGCGCUGAUGGAAGAAUUUUCCUUGAGACAUUCUCUCCUUUGUACAAACAAGCUUAUGAUUUUCUCAUCGCCAUUGCUGAACCCGUUUGCAGGCCAGAAUCAAUGCACGAGUACAAUUUGACCCCUCACUCGCUUUAUGCCGCGGUGUCCGUCGGCUUAGAAACUGAGACAAUCAUAAGUGUUUUGAAUAAACUGUCAAAGACCAAGCUUCCCAAAGAGAUGAUAGACUUCAUACAUGGUUCUACUGCCAAUUAUGGCAAAGUAAAGCUUGUGCUUAAGAAGAAUCGCUACUUUAUCGAAUCCCCAUUUCCGGAGGUGUUGAAGAGGUUGCUCAAGGAUGAGGUUAUAUCUCGAGCAAGGAUUACUUCCGAGGGUUCACAUGGGAAUGAUGGAUUUACCAUUAGCAAAACUAUGGGUGAGAUGGGAAAUGGUCCUGAUAGUUUGCUGAAUGAAGCCGAAUUGGCUGCUGCAGCUGAGGAAAAAGAAACUCACUCCUUUGAAAUUGAUCCUUCACAGGUUGAAAAUGUCAAGCAACGUUGCUUGCCAAAUGCUCUAAAUUAUCCGAUGUUAGAGGAGUAUGACUUCAGAAAUGAUACAGUUAAUCCUGACCUUGACAUGGAAUUGAAGCCUCAAGCACAACCACGACCAUAUCAAGAAAAGAGCUUGAGUAAAAUGUUUGGAAACGGAAGAGCAAGAUCUGGCAUUAUUGUGCUGCCUUGUGGUGCUGGAAAAUCUCUAGUUGGUGUUUCUGCAGCCAGCCGAAUUAAAAAGAGCUGCCUCUGUUUGGCCACAAAUGCUGUGUCCGUUGAUCAGUGGGCUUUUCAGUUCAAGCUAUGGUCAACCAUUCGAGAUGACCAAAUCUGUCGUUUCACAUCAGAUAGCAAAGAGAGAUUCCGUGGUAAUGCUGGGGUGGUUGUUACAACGUAUAACAUGGUUGCUUUUGGGGGAAAACGGUCUGAAGAAUCUGAAAAGAUUAUUGAAGAAAUAAGGAACAGAGAAUGGGGAUUACUACUCAUGGAUGAGGUGCAUGUCGUUCCUGCUCACAUGUUUAGAAAGGUCAUCAGUCUCACUAAAUCUCACUGCAAACUGGGGCUUACUGCUACGCUUGUGAGAGAGGACGAGAGGAUUACAGAUCUGAACUUCCUUAUUGGUCCCAAAUUGUAUGAAGCAAACUGGUUGGAUUUGGUAAAAGGUGGAUUUAUUGCAAAUGUACAGUGUGCUGAAGUUUGGUGUCCAAUGACAAAGGAGUUUUUUGCUGAAUAUUUGAAGAAAGAAAACUCCAAGAAAAAACAGGCACUCUAUGUGAUGAACCCUAACAAGUUUAGAGCGUGUGAAUUUCUCAUACGGUUUCACGAGCAGCAGCGUGGUGAUAAGAUAAUCGUCUUUGCUGAUAACCUGUUUGCACUCACUGAGUAUGCCAUGAAACUUCGCAAGCCCAUGAUCUAUGGUGCUACCAGCCACGUUGAGAGGACAAAAAUUCUUGAAGCUUUCAAAACUAGUCGAGAUGUAAACACAAUUUUCCUGUCCAAGGUUGGUGAUAAUUCUAUCGAUAUUCCUGAGGCUAAUGUGAUCAUUCAAAUAUCAUCACAUGCUGGUUCAAGACGUCAGGAAGCUCAACGCCUGGGUCGUAUUCUUAGGGCUAAGGGUAAGCUUCAGGACAGAAUGGCAGGAGGUAAAGAGGAAUACAAUGCAUUUUUCUAUUCCCUCGUUUCAACUGAUACGCAGGAGAUGUACUAUUCAACUAAAAGGCAACAGUUUUUGAUUGAUCAAGGUUAUAGCUUUAAGGUAAUUACAAGUUUGCCUCCACCUGAUUCAGAAGCCGAAUUGAGUUACCAUCGGCUUGAGGAACAAUUGAUUCUUCUCUCCAAGGUGCUAAGUGCUGGAGAUGAUGCAGUUGGGCUAGAGCAAUUAGAAGAAGAUGCCGAUGACAUAGCCCUCCAUAAAGCCCGUCGUUCUUUGGGUUCCAUGAGUGCCAUGUCAGGUGCCAAUGGGAUGGUAUAUAUGGAGUACAGUACCGGAAAAGGCAAACUUAUCGGCCAGAAGAGUAAGCCCAGAGAUCCAGCAAAGCGGCAUUACUUGUUUAAAAGGCGUUAUGGCUGAGAGUGAGACUGAAGAAGAAACAUACAAAAAUGGAAAAACUUUUUGAAAGAAGCUUGCAUAACAAGUGAAAAUAUGUCGCUAAACUUGGAAAUGAAAGAAUCUGGCGUAUCUGAAGAACACAAUAUUACAGAAUCAAAUUAUCCAAAGCUUUUGAUUUGUGUAAUAUAGGCUCUGGUGUUGGGUUUUCUGGUCUAGAUGGAAGGACCUUUGUUGUAACUUGUAAUUGCAGCGGGACGAAGAAAUAAUAUGCUUACACUGGAGAUACUUUAUAAUGCAUCUGCUUCUUUUGUGAUCUUUUGUGAUGGUUAAGCAUAUUGAAAGGUUUUGUGAUGUACUAUUCUACUAGAGAAUGAAAUACGU